UUUAUCAUCACGACACGACACCAGUGCUGCUCUUCUGCUUCAUCCUUAGACCGGAGCUUUGAGUCUCAGUCUCUUCUUCUGUGUUGUUUGCAAAACAUGUUUUCUUUUUUGUUUACCUGAGUGAAGGAAGACAUAGACAUACCUAGUUGUUAUUGCUGUUUUUUGUUGUUAUUGUUAUUGAAUUUAGAUGGAGCCUUCACUCCUACUUUCUUCACCUUCAUCAUCCACCCCUUUACCCUUCUUCCUCUCAAACACACUUCCUUUCCAUUCAAAACCCAAACUUUCCACCAAGUUCAAUUGCACCCUCCAAAAGUCCCAUUUUUGGGGCUCAAAUUUGAGUUGGGUCCCAUCACAAUCACACCAUGGAAGACCAAAAUUGGAUGCAGUGAGGCCAAUAAUAACAGCAGCGGUGAAGAGAAGGAAAGAGCUUCCCUUUGACAACGUUAUCCAGAGGGACAAGAAGCUCAAAUUCGUGCUCAAGGUAAGGAACAUUCUAGUGACUCAACCAGAUAGGGUUAUGUCUCUUAAGACCCUUGGUAAGUUCAAAAGGGAUUUGGGUCUUGACAAAAAGAGGAGACUUAUUGCCGUGUUGAAGAAAUUCCCAGCAGUGUUUCAGAUUAUGGAAGAAGGGGUUUUCUCCCUGAAAUUCAAAAUGACCCCUGAAGCCGAAAGGCUCUAUUUUGAGGAAACGAGGGUUAGGAAUGAGAUGGAAGAGUUGGUGGUUGUGAAGCUUAGGAAGUUGUUGAUGAUGUCACUAGAAAAACGGAUUUUGUUGGAGAAAAUUGCACAUCUCAAGACAGAUUUAGGUCUCCCGCAAGAGUUUCGUGACACCGUUUGUCAUAGGUAUCCUCAGUACUUCAAAGUGGUUGCAACUCAGCGUGGUCCUGCUUUGGAGUUGACUCAUUGGGACCCUGAGCUUGCGGUUUCAGCGGCUGAGCUAGCAGCGGAGGAGAACCGCAUUAGGGAAAUGGAGGAGCAGAAUUUGAUCAUAGACAGGCCUCCCAAGUUCAAUAGGGUGAAGCUUCCCAAGGGUCUUAAUCUUUCCAAGGGUGAGAUGAGGAAGAUUAUGCAAUUCAGAGACUUGCCUUAUUUUUCGCCUUACUCGGAUUUCUCAGGGCUGAGGCCGGGGUCACGGGAGAAGGAGAAGCAUGCUUGCGGAGUUGUUCACGAGAUUUUGAGUCUCACGCUUGAGAAGCGAACACUGGUUGAUCACUUUACGCAUUUUCGAGAGGAGUUCAGAUUCUCUCAGCAGCUGAGGGGGAUGCUGAUAAGGCAUCCUGAUAUGUUUUAUGUCUCUCUUAAAGGAGAUAGGGAUUCUGUGUUUCUGAGAGAAGGUUAUCGGGAUUCUCAGUUGGUGGAGAAGGAUCGAUUGUUGCUUAUAAAGGAAAAGCUUCGCACCCUGGUUAAUGUUCCACGGUUUCCCAAGGGACCUGCACGCAGGAUAGUUGAAGAUAGCAUGAGAGAAAGCGAUGGCAGAGAAGAUGAAAGUGGCCAAGAGGAAGAAGAAUGGUCAGAAGAUGUUGAUAAUUUAUUGAGUGAUGAUGACUGGAGUGAUGAAGAUGAUGAUGAUUUGCCGCCAGAUUUUGAUGAGGAUGGUGAACUAUUGGAAAUUGGACAAGGAAAGACUAUUAAACAAGACUCAAGACAGAAUGAUGAAAUGGUCCUUCUUCCUGUAUUUGCAGAUGGUCGUCCUAGAGAACAAUGGUGAUCUUCACAAGAGACUUAAAGAUUGGAGCUUAUCAUACAAAAGAGCAUCUGGCUUCAAAUUUGAUUUUGUACUGGCUGAUUUGUGAUAGGUGCUUUACACAAUGCUUGUUGAAUUCAACUUCUUUAUUUUGACUCGUUUGAUCCUCUUUUGAAGGUUGUGAUAAUAUUUGCAUAGAAGGUUGAAUUUCAAUUGCAAGCACUGCAGAUUAACAAGUAACUGAAAUACAUUUCUUGGCCU